CUUCAUCACCGUCCACGCGCAGAAAUAAAUCAAUGGCUGCUGCUAUUACCGUCAGCAUCAGCAUGAGCAGCGUGCCUUCCACAAAAGCAGCACCAGGUUGCUUACAACAUUCAUGGCGCGCUUUACCAAAUUUCGGAGUGUCUUCGUUUCUACCAUCAAAGGAAAUGGGAUUCUAUCCUCUGCAGCGAAGGACCAGCCAGUACGCGUCCAGAAGGCUAGUGGUUCGUGCUGCCAGAACCGAGUCCAAAGGGGUCUCCUUAGGUUUUAGGGCUCCCAAUUUUGAGUUGCCCGAGCCCCUAACGGGAAAAGUGUGGAAAUUGGAAGAUUUUGAAUCAUAUCCUGCUUUACUGGUUAUGUUCAUCUGCAACCAUUGCCCAUUUGUUAAACACUUGAAACAAGAUUUUGUAAAGCUUGCUAAUUUCUACAUGAAGAAAGGACUUGCAGUUGUUGCAAUAUCUUCAAAUUCUAUAGUCACUCACCCUCAGGAUGGGCCAGAAUUCAUGGCAGAAGAGUCUAAACUAUUUAAAUACCCUUUUCCCUAUUUAUAUGAUGAGUCACAAGAUGUUGCACGAGAUUUCAGAGCAGUUUGUACUCCAGAAUUUUUCCUAUUUAAAAAGGAUGGGCGUAGACCAUUUGAGCUGGUCUACCAUGGUCAGUUUGAUGAUUCUCGGCCAAGCAAUAAUGUACCUGUUACAGGAAGGGAUAUAAGCCUAGCAAUUGACUGUGUUCUUAGUGGACAGCCAGUAUCCCCAGUUCAGAAACCUAGGUAUUUAUUUAAACUGUUGUUUAUUCCUAAUUUGCACUUAAAAAAAAUGUUUUGGCUCUCCAUUUUUGUAUGCCUGGGAUCAAGUAUUUUCCAUUUGCCAAAAGUGUUGGCUGCAGCAUAAAGUGGCAUCCACAGACAGAGGCAUAGCAUAAUCUUGGACUGUUGCUUUUUGCUCUUUCAAGAACGUAAUCUGCACAGGUAUAUUCUUUUUGAACAGAAUAUUCAUAGAGUAGCAUGUCUUCUUAAUAUCAGGUGAUUUUGUGCGGUUCGCCUGUAGAUGGAACUAAAACCAUGUUAAGAGAUAUUUAUUCGUCUUCUUUGUGCUAGUUUCUUUAGCACAUUGCUAGUUAAAUUACCUGUCUUAUUCUUCUUUACCAAAUCCAACGAUCAUCCUAACGUUAAUUACUCAACCACCAUCAUUCAUCUUCAGACCAUUUUUUCCUCAAGUUCUCUGUGAAUGCUUGUGUUAAAACUUUUAAACCCGAAGUUGUUAGUAAUGAGAACUUGAAUCUUGUUACUAAUUACAUCUUAACUAACUUAAGGCUUGAAAUAUAACCUAUAUGUCAUUUUAAGUAUCAUUUCAUGCUGUAUUUUGAUGUUGCAUGAUUAUGUUUUGCCAUUAGUUCAUGUUAAGCAAGCCGGUGUAGGGUGCGAUGUUAGACAGUUAUUUUCUUCCAGUACUCUUGUUCAAGGAUUGAUCAAAUUUAUAUUUUGCAUAA